AUAUUAUUAUGUGUGACUCUCUUCUACAGACUUUCUCACAAAGCCACAUAGAGAUCUUUGCAACUGAGAACAACACACUGAGGUCUGGCAAUGGGCGCCGCCAUGAUGUCUGGUUAUAUACUUUUGGCAACAACUGUGUUCCUGUCCUCCAGAGCUCUAGUUCUCACAACAACGACCGACGAAGUGGCAGUUGGGAGAACGACCAACGUUUCCCUCGAAUGUACCGACAAUUAUCCCCUACCGGACAUUUCAGAGGUCAUCCUGGUGAGAAUACGGAAAAAAGACCUUUCUGGGUGGACCACAAUUGCGGAACUUCGAGACGACUUAACCAAAGUAUCACCAGAACGUAACGACCUGCUUGCUGAGGGCAAGAUCUCCAAAAGUUUUCUGCGACUAACGUGGCCUGUGGCGACUAACGAUACCGUUGGCUGGUAUCGAUGUGACACCGUCAGCCUGACUGCCCAGGCGGGGGUGAGCUGGCAGAAGAGCCUGCCGACUUCCAUCUCCCGGAAGAGGGAGGUCACUCUGCAAAUGUUGAGUCAGAUGGUGGAAGAGAACAAGGAGGAGUACCUCCAGCGACUGCGCUCUCAGAGACAGAGCAUCAUGGAGGACGUCACAGCCACUGCCGCCUACAACAAGAGGGACUGGCUGCAGCACACAGGACACAUUCUCCACAACGUGUCUGCCAAGCUGGAAGCUCUCGAGGCAAGAGUUCAGAGCCAGUGGGAGAGCCAGCUACAGGUGCUGAGCCACACCGUAGAGCAGAAGACGAGGCAAUGUCCUGACCAACCACUCUCGCAGAUACGCCAGAUCUUAGAACACGUAGCGGCCAUCAUGGAUCACGACAAACAAGAAUUUCUACAACAAAAAGAAGACAUCCUUGACAAUGUCACGGCCACGGUUGAGCAGAGCAUACAAGAAUUUCUACAACAGAAAGAUGAUAUUCUUGAAAGUAUCAAAGAGACCUUUGAGCAGGAGAAAAGAACAUUUCUACAACAGAAAGAUGAUAUUCUUGAAAGCACCACAGCGACACAAAAAGAAAUUCAACAACAGAAGGAAGAGAUCCUUGAAAAUGCCGCGGCCACAGUUGAGUCGAGCAUAAGAGAAUUUCUGCAACAGAAAGAUAACAUUCUUGCAAGUAUCUCAGCGACCUUUGAGAAGGACAGAAAAACUUUUCUACAACAAAAAGAAGACAUUCUUGAAAGUGUCACAGCAACACAAAGAGAAUUUCAACAACAGAAAGAUAAUAUUCUUGAAAGUAUCAAAGAGACCUUUGGGCAGGAGAGAAGAACAUUUCUACAACAAAAGGAAGACAUUCUUGAAAGUGCCACAGCAACGCAGAGAAAAUGUCUACAGCAGAAAGAUGACAUCCUUGAGAACGUCACAGCGAAAGUCCAGGCCCUUGAAGAGAGCGUCGAGAGCAAGACGAACACUAUUAAGAACCAGAUAAAGGUGAGAACCUUUCAAAGUUUUUGAUCUCCAAUAUUGACGAGUCUGCCUAAUUUAUUCUGGAUCUGUUUGUCCAGAUAUAGACAGGAAAUGUGCAGCAUUUUAUCGAAGAAACCGACAUUCUCCCACCUGUUUGGCAAUUUAAAAAAUGAUUUGGGAUCAGCACCUUUUAUGGGCACUUAAAAACUCAUCUUUUCAGGGGAUUUGAUUGAAAACCGUUGAUCAAAAGACCAAAAAGUAAAUUUUCAGUUGCCAUGGACACUCAAGUUUUGAAAGCCAUCAAACUUAGGCGAUCAUUUUCUUACUUGUUCCUUCUCUGCCACCAGACAAACCACAUCUUCUUCAGUAGCAAAUAGCACGACAGGGAAAUUAAUUGAGUGAUAAACUGGGAAAUUGAAUGAAUGAUAACUGGGAAAUUGACUUAGUGAUACACUGAGGAUUAACUUUGUGAUAAACUGGGAAAUUGACUAAGUGA